AUGGCUCGGAAGCGCAAGCCUUGCCCUCAUCUCGGCCGUGGCUUCAUGCUCGGAGAAGUCGACAUUGACGCUGCUAACAGGCCCAAGACAGUUAAGUGCACACCAGAAAUCACAUUGAAGUGCGGGACCAGAGGAAAGUCAUUUCGACUUCUCGACUUGCCAGCUGAACUCGUCCUCCGCGUCCUUGACUUCGCGGUCGUCCAUAGUUCACCUAGCAAGCCGGUCAUUGUUGACGAUGCGAUCUCUUUCAAAGGGAAGCGUCACCAUCCAGCACUCUCCGGUCGGCCGUACAAGAAAGCGACGUGGGAGCUCGCCCAGCCGGCCAUCACUCGAGUCUGUCGCCUCUUGCGCCUGGGGGGUCUGAAGAAGGUCUACGCCGGCAACACCUUCGCCACCAGAUCCUUCAGUAUCAGAUGCAAUAGGUGGAUGAAGUGGUUGCAGUGUCUCAAGCUCGGAUCAGCCUGCCCCUUUGUUCUUGAGAUGGAGAUUCGGUUUCCAAGCAAUGCGCCAAUCACUCUGCAAGAUCUCGAGCAUUCUCCCUGGCCAGAGAGUGGAAUUACAUGGCACCACCGGAAUGGGUAG